AUGUCUUCAUCAUCAUCGUCAUCUGUGGCCUGGGGCUGUACUGCAGCGGUAGUUCUGUCGGCCAUCCAGUCGUUAGGAAUCACCCUCCAACGCAAGUCACACGUCAUUCCAUACAACCACGAGUUGGCAAAUGAUACCGUCAUCACUUUACGUCGAGACAGUGCUGUCACCCUCGAUAUGGAGUCUUCUCGCCAUCCACACCACUAUAAGCGCAGUCUCUGGUUGACUGGGUUUCUUCUAUUCAUUGUGGCCAAUGUUUUCGGGUCACUUGUCCAGUUGACCACCCUUCCUCUCAUCAUUUUAUCUCCUUUGCAGAGCAUUGGACUCAUUUUUAAUUCUAUCAUGAGCUGCAUGCUUCUUCCCGGGGAGCUGUUCACGAAAAAGCUCUUUUCCGGUACUAUAAUCAUCGCGGUGGGUGCAUUCAUCAUUGCUUACAAUGGUGCUGGCGGAGUAGAGCCUCCCACCGAUAUUGGCACCGACGAGAGGUUCCGUUUAAUGAUGCAAAAAUUUACACGACCUGGUUUUUUGACGUGGUGGAUCUUCACAUUUAUCUAUGUUGGAGUUUUGGUGAAAAUCAAUAUGGUUCUCGCAAACAAAAUCAAUCACCAGAAUAAAGUGCUGUUACGUAAGGUCAGACGGAACUCCCAGGAGAGAGUGUCAAAGUACUACUUCACACGUGGAAUUCUCUAUGGAAUAAUCAGUGGAACAUUGACGGCCCACACAUUUCUCUUUGCUAAAUCCAUAGUGGAUGUGUUGGUGGAAACGGUGAUGCAGAGAGGAACUCCGAAAAGCCUGGCGACCUAUGUCACCACGACGUUACUUCUCUUAGCAACGUUAGCCAUCGUCGGCAUGCAGUUGGUUGCAUUCAAUUUGGGACUUGCCAACAUCCUGACGUCCAUCCUCUAUCCGUUGUGUUUCUUGGUGUACAACUUAGUAAACAUGAUCAACGACCUACUGUUCAACCAGUUGCUCAGCAAGCACCUCAUCACCAUCAAAGAAUUGGCAUGUGUUAUAUUGGGUCUCUUGGGUGUAUUGAUUGGAGUGGUGACCAUCAGCUGGGACAGUGCUUUUGGGUUAGAGCCUCAGGAGGCCGAUGACACGCAAGGGUUAAUGAAAGCCAAGUUUCCCUACGAAAAUGGACGUGGACGUGUCAUGUCUUAUGAAGAGGCAGAGUUGGUCAACCAUGUUUUGGGUUACGGAAGCAAUUAA